CUUCAGAUUUGCAGAUGAGGAUUCGCAACACAGAUUCGUAGACGCAAAAUUUUGAUUUUCCAUUUCUUGAAAUUUUUGCUUGAAGAAAUUAAGCUGUAAUCAUUUUCCCCGGAGCUGUUUUAUGCUAUUGAAGAAUGAAGCUUGUCAAGGAUGCCAUUGUAGCAGAGACUGGCAAUAGACAGUUAUUUCCUCCUUCAAGAGAAUGAUCGCAUAUCUGGAUUUUGCUCUGUAACGCUGACUAUUGACCAUAAAAAUUUGGGUCUUCCUGCAGAUUUGGGUUGCCCAUCAUUAUGGAGCCAACAGCGGUUCUGAUCUCAAAUGUUAUUAGCUUUGUACUCCAAUAGUACAUACUUUCAGAUGAAAAAAUUCAAAGCCAUGUUCAUCCUAACCUUAGUCCUUAUGUCCUCAUUUGACUUCCUUAUUUUGGUCUUCUCACUCCGACUUAAUCCAAACAGCUCUGAUUUAUGUGAGAAUAAAGUGGACCCUCGGACUCUCCGGCCAGACCAAAUGACGGUGGUGAUAAGUGGCUACUCAGAGCACAGAAUCCCACUCCUCCAAUCCAUUGCUGCCAGAUCACAUGCAUAUGAUUUAAAUACCAAGUCUUGGAUCUACACUAUCAGCAGCGACAAGUAUUCCAUUAUACUCACCAAGGCCAUGAUCAUGAAAUGGGAAUACUUAUGGGAAUACAGUUGUGGAGGUGGAAAAGUGAAUGAAGAGCUGCGGAAAAUCGUGGAUGCUGAAAGGAAUUGUGAGGAUAUUCUAAUGAAUUUUGUUGUGGCAGACAAGAUAAAUGCAGGGCCCAUAUUAGCAGGAGCUGAGAGAGUGAGGGACUGGGGGGAUGCAAGGAAUGAAGGCAGGGUGGGGAAGGAGGAGAGGGAGGCUGGGUUGAGCAGCAGGAGAGGGGAGCAUAGGAAAAGGAGAGGGGACUGCAUCAGAGAGUUCCAUAGGGUUCUAGGCAGAAUGCCUCUGAGAUAUAGUUACGGGAAGGUAGUAAAAUCAGUCGGUGAGCAAGGGCUUUGUGAGAAGAGUGGCAAGCUGGUGUUUUGUGACCAGCAGGUUUUCAAGUAAAUUUGUUUUUUUUUUUUUUGGUGUUUUUCUCUCAUAUGCAACUGCCAUGUGGGUUUCUGUUCUAGUUCGAUAGUGCAUUAAUGUAAUUUUGCCUGUAGGUACUUUUCUUACUAAUACAGUUGAAAAAGACACACCAUACAGAAAAGGGAACAUCCUUUUUUAUUUUUCUGGAAAACUAGUAUCCAGACUUGCAUGUUGUUACAAAUGGACAUUAUACCUGAACAAACUAAAAUGAAAAGCCGAUGUUGAUGAAGCUAUGCCUUACAGUUACUUGAACAACAACUGUUUCACACAAAACUAUGCCAAAGCUGAUCAUGAUUUGGUUUCCUAGUUUCAUGUGGAUGGCAUUUAUUUUCUUUCAAUGUGAAGUCUAAAGAAGGAAAUUGGUGUCUACUUCGGAGUUUCUGUUGAUUUGUCUUGCCACUGUAGUUGUUUGACACUACAGCUGCAUGGUUAAGUACCCAAGUCAGCCUGAAUGUGUAAGUACGGAAAGGCCUCUGGUGGUAAUAGGAUCUAUGACUCAAGGAAGUUCUGAUUUUAAGAUCCCGGAAGAAGUAGUUGAAAUGGAGCAAUCUGGCUGGUGGCAGAAGUUAGCGAGUGAAGCACAAUUACUCUGUAACUUGAAUCACAGGGUUGGAAUGCAGUCUCGAGGUGAUAAAGUUGGGGCUGGCUGAGUAAGAGGAUUAGGACAUCGAUAUUGUAUUUACCUGGCCUACCUCUACUGGAAAAUAGAAAAUGUUUGAUGUAAGCAAACAAAUUGUCAACUUUAUUUCGGUUUAUAUUGGAUGGGCAAAGAGUGCUGGAGGAGUAGUGUUGUUUAUGUCUAGCUUUCCACAUAGCUGUAAUGUUCAAAAUUGCUUUGGAAAAUUGCAUCUACUAGUUUCUGGUACAAUUAAGGUUAA